UAUUAAGUACUACUCCAGCUGGGAUCCCGCAGAAUAUGUAAACAUUCACAAAUAUGAACUCACACAAUUAGCAUACAUAUUUGCCUUCUCAAAGCACUUAAGUACAUAGCUGCUUCGAUAACUUUUUUCUAUCUCUCUCUUUUUCUCUCACUCUCUUCUUAUUAUCUUGUUAUUUCGAACAACUACGCUUACAAAGAAGUUAUUCAGUCACGUGCAUUUAAUUUAUUUAUAAGAGCAUCUCGUGUGAAAGGAGAUAGGCAGAAUUAUGAGAAAAAAACUAAUAUCAUAAUAAUAACAACAUAACGCAUACUACAAUCAUUACUCAUACUUCAUCCCCUACCACUACAUCUUGACUUAUCAGCAAGAAAAACAGACAUUAUCACACCAUCCAAUCCAAUUCAAUCCACCCAACAACCCACUAAACCAACAACUAAGUGCUUCAACAACUCAACAGUAGUCUAUCUAGCAAUCAAAAGAGAAAAAAAGCAAAAGCAAACAAGUGAAACGAUCAAUCGCCGAUCGUAACUAUUGCUAACAAGCUACACAUGAUACUUCGUGAAGUGCCGGUGAAUCGGUUUAUCGAUGUCGAUGUUGAAUGUACAUUCGCUUACAAAUCUAGUACUAGUAUUCGCACAGCUUAAUACUUCGAAUCACUCGCAUUUUACGCGUAGUUGAAACUGAUUAUGAGCCGUCAGUAAUCGCGAUGCUAUAGCCGCUGUUGCCGUUAUUGUUACUGCUGCAAAAGAAUUCUUUCUUUGCUACUACUUCCUUUCGGCGACUGUUUUUUGUAUGUUGGCGGCGGAUAACUUGACAAUCAACACAAUCAAAGCACUGCAUGUCAGAAACAAUUUAGCUACUCUACGAGUAAUCAUCAGCAACUCAGGGUGAAGAUUGAACAUCAAGCGUGUGUCGAAAGCAUGAUCUUUGUGCGGGAAGAAAAUGUGUGUGAAAAUUAUUUGAGAAAGUUUGUGUUUAACGACGAGGAAUAUGUAAUAAAAUUACAUUAACAAGCGCAUUAAAUAAAUUCCUGAGCAUUUUAAUUCAAAAUCAACGUAACUGUGAUGCAAAUGCAACUGAUCGCACAUGUGUGGAAAGUUUGGGCUACAAAAGUGAUUAGAAGUAAAUAAAUUAAAGUAAAUGAAGUUGUGUUUUUAAAGUAAAAAAAUUCAGUGAAGUAAAGUGAAAUUACAAAAGAAAAAAAAUCAAAAGGUUUGUGAUCUUAUGUAUAAAAGAAUAUGUAAUCACAAUAAAUGGUUAAAAAAGUGUAUUUAAGACAAUCUAUAAAAAAUAAUAUCAUAAAGCAAAAAUAAAUUUAAAGACUGAAAAAAUUAAAUAGAAAGUGAUUUACACCAAUUCUUCUAAAAUGAAACUGAAAAACACCAACUCCGUCCAAAUGGAAUCUCUGCUGUCUGUGCCAUCCAUGACACAUAUCAAAAUCCAUCCAAUGCGUGCCUAUUCAAAUGCAUCUUCAAUUGGCGGUAGUACUGAUGAUCCGGAGGAGGACGAGUCUGGUCUCGGCUAUACACAUACUCUGAUGUAUGGUCGCUAUACCAAAGAUUUAGGAGAAUUUGCUAAAGAUGAAGCCAGAAAACUCAAACUACUCGAGAAACGUAGAAAGCAUGAAGACAGACAACGGAACAAGGAAUUGCUGGGCAAACGUUCGUCGCGUAUGCUAAAAGUCUCCUCAUGGAUAUGGAAGCGGACAUUCGCGCGCCUCGGCGAGGAUUGGGUGUUCUUAGCACUACUAGGUGUUAUAAUGGCAUUUGUAUCGUAUGUGGUGGACAAAGGCAUCAAUGUUUGUACAAACGCGCGUGUUUGGCUGUAUCGCGAUCUCACAUCACAGCCGAUUACACAAUAUUUAGCCUGGGUCUCUUUGCCAGUUUGUUUGAUACUUUUCUCAGCCGGCUUCGUGCAUCUAAUUGCGCCACAGAGUAUAGGUUCGGGAAUACCUGAAAUGAAAACAAUUCUUCGUGGCGUUGCGCUGAAAGAGUAUCUCACAUUUAAGACAUUGGUAGCCAAGGUUGUUGGUUUAACGGCAACUUUGGGCAGUGGUAUGCCAUUAGGAAAGGAAGGUCCUUUCUGUCACAUAGCAAGUAUUGUAGCACAAUUAUUAAGUAAACUCGUCACAUCAUUCCAAGGUAUAUAUGAGAAUGAGUCUCGCAAUUCAGAAAUGUUGGCCGCUGCGUGUGCAGUCGGCGUGGGUUCGUGUUUUGCGGCGCCAGUCGGUGGCGUACUCUUCAGCAUUGAGGUAACCACCACAUACUUUGCUGUGCGUAAUUAUUGGCGCGGCUUUUUUGCGGCUGUCUGCGGUGCAACGGUGUUUCGUCUACUGGCCGUUUGGUUCCACAAUGCAGAUACUGUGCGGGCGAUAUUUCUUACAAAUUUUACCACCGAAUUUCCUUUCGAUCCGCAAGAGUUGUUUGUAUUUGCGUUGAUGGGCGUUGUCUCUGGCAUUGGUGGAGCUGCCUAUGUUUGGGUACAUCGCCGCUAUGUGCUCUUCAUGCGUUCCAACAAGAAGAUGAAUAAAUUCUUACAAAAGAAUCGAUUUCUAUAUCCGGGCUUUCUGGCGCUGCUUGUGUCUACACUCUCAUUUCCACUGGGUACCGGUCAGUUUAUCGCUGGUGAAUUAAGCACACACGAACAAGUCACGCAGUUGUUUAGUAAUUUCACAUGGUCACGCGACGAUCUCACCGUAGAACAGGCGGCCAUUGUUACGCAUUGGGUCACUAGUUACACUAACAUUUUCAUCAAUCUCUCUAUUUACAUUGUGUUCACGUUCUUCAUCUCUAUCGUUGCCUCUACCAUACCAGUGCCAUCGGGUAUAUUCAUACCCGUCUUCAAAAUCGGCGCUAGCUUGGGUCGACUCAUUGGUGAGAGUAUGCAUUUGUGGUUUCCGAACGGCGUGCGCUACGGCGGUCGCCUAUCACCCAUCAUACCCGGCGGUUACGCAGUUGUUGGUGCUGCGGCAUUUUCCGGCGCCGUGACGCAUACCGUUUCAGUAGCGGUAAUCAUCUUCGAGAUGACCGGCCAGAUAACGCACGUUGUACCGGUGAUGAUCGCAGUGUUAAUAGCGAACGCCAUUGCAGCCCUUCUUCAACCAUCCAUGUACGACAGUAUUAUAUUGAUAAAGAAACUGCCGUAUCUGCCCGACUUGCUGCCAUCCAGUUCAGCGAUGUACAGCAUCUAUGUUGAGGAUUUUAUGGUAAGAGAUGUGAAAUACAUCUGGCAUGGCAUUUCGUAUCAAAAACUCAAGGAGGUGCUGAAGACGAAUAAAACGCUUCGAUCUCUACCGCUGGUCGAUAGUCACGAGAAUAUGAUACUGCUCGGCUCCGUACAACGUUACGAAUUGAUCAAAAUGAUUGAAAAGCAUAUCGGACGUGAGAAGCGUAUGGAGGUGGCACAAAAAUGGCAAAAAGAGGCAGAAGAACGUGCGCGCGAAGAAGAAAAGAAGAAACAAGAAGCCGAGUUAAAAAUGCGUCGACCAUCGCGUUUCGAAGUUCUUCCCGCUCCUGAUAUACUGAGUCUACGGCAAAUUGCGAACGAUGAAAUGUUACCGGCCAAACAACGCCAAGAAUCCCUGAACAACAAUUUAGCACCACGCAAAUCCAUUUUGAAAAAGACAAAUUCAUUUAAUCUAAAAACAUUCGGGCCGACCUCGCCGCAUAGCCCUAACAUUACUCCAUACACCACCAUAACGGGCACAGAACAUCGAAUUCGUUCUGCCUUCGAGGCGAUUUUUCGUAAAUCAAAUACACUACAAGAUGUCCACCCGGAUCCAGAUGCUAGCAGCAUAUCGCCGGCUGUGAGCGCCAAUGAGAUGUCACAUGUACAACGUGUGCCUAGCAUCUCGAAGAAGGUUCAAUUGACAAUGAGUAUGAAAAAAACGAAAUCGGUAACUUUGCCGCGUGAACGCGUGAUCGAUAUGUCACCGGAAGAUCAGAAGAAAUGGGAAAUGGAAGAAAUGUCCCAAUCGAUCGAUUUAGAGCAGGCCAAUGUAAAUAUUGAUCCAUCCCCAUUUCAACUGGUUGAGCGGACUUCAAUACUCAAAGUGCAUUCACUCUUCUCAAUGGUGGGCAUAAAUCAUGCCUAUGUGACGAAAAUUGGACGGCUUGUGGGUGUUGUGGGACUCAAAGAGCUGCGCAAAGCCAUUGAAGAUAUCAAUAGCAAUAAUUUCGUAGUUCAAAAUCAGUUAAAAGAUGAUGUUGAAGCCGAUCAUCGGUCGGCAGCUGAGAAGCCGCUGCUGACACCACCCUUACCGCGGUCACCGCAUUCCACCAGUGACAAAGAGGUGAAUACGACUGUCACCUCCAUGGAUUCGGCACUGUCACAUUCUGAUAAUUGCUCCGACAUUGAAAUGGAGCACAUGAAGGGUGAUAGUAGUGGUGAAGAGCACCAACAACCACAACCACAACACAACCAACAAACCUACACUCCAACGGAGACUACUAUGCUUAUAAAUAACACAUCAAAUGAACUAUAGCAGACACAUACCAGGCAUACAAAUAAAUUAGGUAAUAAAAGUGAAUUUGUAAAAAAGAGGUAAACUAAACUAAAUUGUAUUUAAUUCGAUAGUUAGUAAUUCUCUAAUAAUUGUAUCGGAUGUUACAAACAAACAAAAAACUCAAUAACUGCAUGAUUUUUUAAGUUUAGAAGAUAAUGACAAGUUAUUAGAGUAUUUUUUUCGAAAGACGUGUUGUAGUAUUAUAUUAGUUUAUAGUACGUAAAGAAAAAUUAUAAAUCCGUAAGCUUCGGUUUGGCACUUAUCAGUGUUACGAAUUUGUUAUAAAAAUAAUUAGGCGCGCAACUAAGUUCUCGCUGUUUUUUUUUUUUUUGGUGAAAAUACAACUUUAUUUUGAAAACUUAUUACAAGUGAAUCAUUGAAAGUAUUACCCAUCGCUGGCUACUACUUUUUUCCAUCUUUCUGGUAGAUCUCGUAUGCCAUCGCGAUAAAACUGUUCAUCUUUUGAGGCUAUCCAUGGAUCAAGCCAUUUUUUGAUAUCUUCAUAUGAAUGGAACUGCUGGUCAGCUAGACCAUGUGCCAUCGAUCCGAACAUGUGAUAAUCGGACGGCGCAAUAUCUGGAGAAUAUGGCGGGUGGGGUAGGAUUUCCCAUUUCAGUGUUUCCAGGUAGGUUUUAACGAGUUUGGCAACGUGAGGCCGAGCGUUGUCAUGUUGUAGAAUCAUGCCUCUCCGCAUAUUGCGGCCGCUUCUCGCGCCGUGCUCGGCUCAAUCGCAUCAAUAGAAGUCAAUACCGAUCCCCAGAGAUAGUUUCGCUUGGUUUUAACAGUUCAUAAUAAAUAAUACCUACUUGGUCCCACCAAAUACAUAGCAUAACCUUCGUAGCGUGAAUAUUCGGCCGAGCCGACGGCAUAGAGGCAUGACCGGAUAGUCCCCAUGACUUCCUUUUCUUUGGAUUGCUGUAAUGAAUUCAUUUUUCAUCACCCGUCACGAUGCGAUGAAGAAAACCCUUCAUUUUUUGCCGCCGGAGCAGUUGUUCACAGGCGGAAAAGCGACGUUCAACAUCCUUUGGUUUUAACUCAUAAGGAACCCAAGUCCCCUGUUUCUGAAUCAUUCCCAAAGCAUGCAAUUGCUUGGAAAUGGAUUGGCGGGUAACUCCUAUUACUAAAGCAAACUCUGCUUGCGUUUGACACGGAUCCUCAUUUAGUAAUGCCUCCAAUUCAGCGUCUUCGAAGGGUUUUGGCCUUCCUUCACGCGGACGGUCGUCAAUACUAAAAUCACCGUCUUUGAAGCGACGGAACCAAUCUCGGCACGUUGCUUCACUUAAAGCAGCAUCUCCAUAAACUUUUUUAAACGUUUUUUCGAAUGAGAGAGGAAAAUCAAGACUUCCCGCAAAUGACGAUUAUUCGCAAAACCAAAAGUAUAUGAUACCAAAACAAAAUCACUAAUGUGUCGAAGAAGUUUGCUUACCAUAUGUCUAAGCUUGGUUUAUGACGUUUAGGUUGUGUUAGAAUCGACUAGCACACACUGCUGGCGGCAUCUAUUGACAAACAGCUGGAACUUAGGUGCACACCUAUAAAAUUAUUUAUUUAAAUUAAAUUUGAACUUAAAUCUAUUAAAAUAUAUAUAGAGAUUUUAUUUCUACAUAUUUUUUACUUCGUUCAUUUAAUAUAUUAUACUUAAAAACAAAAAUAUUUGUGGGCAAAAAAAGACUUGCAUGAAGCCGCAAAAGUAAUCUCCCUCUUGGGAAAUUAGCUUGGUUUAGAAAUGGAAAUAUAAGACGUCGUAACAUUAGAAUCAGAAAAUUUCUUAACUUAAUAAAAAAAUAGAUUAUAUAAAUGUGCAAAUCAUAAACAAAGCCGAUCUUUACACCUUGAAAUUUAGCUGACUAGUUUGCGCCAACCCUUAUAACAUACAUACAUACAUUUACCAUCUGAGUAAUGAAAUACCCAAGAAAUUUGAAAUUUUUUCUGAACAUUAUUUAGGUAUUUUUUUGUUUUGUUUUACGUUAGAAGUUCCGUUAGUAUCAAGAUUGAGUUUUCUUUAAAAUUUAUCGUUAGGUUUAAAAUAACUCACACAUUUCCUAAUCCAAUAUGAGCUUGAGAUUUACCAUCAAACUUCUCACGCUUGAGUUUGCAAGCUUAAUUACCAUUUAUAUAAUCGAAAUAUUUACUUAUACUACAAGUAGCAAGAUAAUAUCCGCUUCUG